CACUCUUGUUUAUCUACUCUUGCUAUGGCAGUAUUGGUACACCAAUACCGAAAGCAUGCAAGACCAUGGAUCAAGACUCGCCUGCCGAAAAUACUUUUACUAGGUGAGGCGUUGCUGUUGCUCUUCCUUCUCUGGCAUUCCACUGCGCAGCAGACCAUGCAUGGCAGACGGCAGUGCGUUUGAGACUGAGUACCAACUGAAAACGGAACUGAGGAAAGAUGGUUCUCUGGUCGAACGCUUUUGCUUGUGUCCGCUCCUCUCUAGCGUCCGCUCUCCAGAGUCCUGUGCCUGCAAGGUGCGCUAGGCAUGUCCACAUACAACGUCGUGGAGCGCAAGUCCAUGCGACAAAGACACGUCCCGAAGGCAAAGCUUCAUGUGGGAGUGCAAUGCAGACCACGAAGUACCGUCCGAUACUGCCAUGCAGUCCUGGACAUGCGAACGCAAGGACGACGACGAUCGUGAGAAUUGUCAGCAGUGGUUUAUCCCGUCACUAGCGUGUGUCGUGCUUAGGUUUGCGGGUGUUGCCGAAAGCUAGCGCACAGCAGUGGGUACGGCAGCGCAACUUGGCAGAGGACGGGGAGAGAAAAUCCACCACCAAGCAGGGACAGCUCAACCAUUAUUGAUUUUCUCAACCGAAAAGUUGCCGCUCCGUAGCUUCGGAGGAGUUGUUUCAUGGAGCUUGUCGAGAUUUGUCUGUUUGCUUGCUGCCCGCAUAUUCAUGCACUGUGCUCCGUCGGUACUGUGAGUCCCUGACCGACUGCAUGACAGCCAACACAUGUAACCAAGCACAGUGACGCCAUCAUUUUGAAAGUUAGUUAAAGAUGUGCGGAGACACAAGUACAGCUACUGAAAUUGACGACAUAGAAUCCCUGAGUGCUAACUGGAUUUGGGCGAAGGACAUCAUCAGCGGACGCGAUACGAUUCCGCCGCUCGUUUCCAGCGACCCGCCAAACAUCACGUCGUGCGGCAACUGGGUACGCGACGUAUCACGAGUAUUGCUUCUCAUCUCCUUCGUCUGCCAGAUCAGCUACUUCCAGUACGUGUUCACGUACUACGUGGAGAACAAUGCUGCAGUGAGCAAGCUAUACCCACUAUGGGUAGUGACAAUAGUCCUGUCACUGGGCACUAUCAUAGGAUUACUGAUAGUACCGCGCAUCUUCACUUACAGUUGUAUCGGCAUGUGUAGCACGUCACGCCAGAUUGGUACUGUCUUCCAGCCUCUCAAUAAAUACAGCUUGUAUGCAUUCCUUUUCUCCACCAACGGCGAUGCGUUCAUAGUGCACUACGUGGCGUGGAUAGUGUACGUGUGCGUGUACCUGUCACCUCGUAUCUACUGGCUCGUGCUGGACACAACUGCCGACGUGCUAGGUCACAUCAUACCGCAUAGCUUUCUGGCGUUCACGUUCAUCGUCAACAUGUGCUUCAACCUAUCCUAUCUGUACAACAAGACGGAUGCGGAGCGAGAGCAGCCGUUUGAAGUGGUCUAUGAGCUGCUCCAAAGUACCAAGAAGAGCAUCUUGGAGAUCCUGGAUAUUAUGUCUGUGUGCAACGAGCUAGGAGUGUUUCAGAAGCACGUAACUUUGUCUACGUAUCUCUACAUCUCAGUGCCUGUCAUGCUCGUCGCAACUUUGCUGCUGAUUGGCAUAACGCUGGAGGUCACGCUCAAGUUCACCUCGUUCUGGAACUUCACCACCCUCUCGUCGUUCCAGCAGUCGAUGAACCGGAACACGCGUCGCUACUCUCGCACCAGCAUCUUGCUAUUCUGCCUGUUCCUGCUGCUUCAGAUCGUGGCCGACCUGGUCUUGCUGCUGUUCCGCCUCACUACGUACCUGCUGGGUAUGGUGGAGCUGACCAACUUUAUCUACAAGAACAUGUUCUAUCUGUUUAUCCACUUAACCCAUAUCUACAGUGUGAUAAUGCUGCUUCCAAUCAACCCAGAGAGCACGUAUGCGGCUCUGCCGGCUGCCACGAUGUGACCCAUCCCCGGGCACUGAUUAUGGAGAUGACCAACCAGCGCUGAGGGGAUGCUAUUGCUGCUGUCGUCAUGCUGUACAACGAUGUGACAAGAGUGCCAUUGACUAUGUGUGACACAUAGCGAUACUGAUGCUCGGAACAGGCCCACUUGCUAAAGUCGACUCGUGCCAGCAGCAGUAGCAGCAGCAGCAGCAUUUCGCCAUUGUCAAAAUUAUCGGUACUUGAGGUAUCAAAGUUGCUAUCAAAAUAGGUACUUGUGACGGUGACAGCUGUGCAGUCGUUCCACUGUCAGACUGUCAGACGCCGGAGCAGGUGGCUAGUAAGCUGCCCUGUUCAUUUGUUCCUUCUUCUGGAUGAAACCCCGGAACUACCUGUUAUAUACUUUGGUGGGUAAGGACUUGAUCAGUAGUGUAUGCAUUCUAGGCUAGGCUAGGCUGCAUGGAUAUUGUGGACCCGGUUGUCAAGGUGACAUGAAGGCAAAGUUUUUGUUCUUGUGGAAAUGGACAUCAUACCGGGACUACCAACUGUUGCACGAUGUGUUAUUCAUUUCACCAUUGUCAACUACUCUAUUACGGUUUGAUUCGCACACCCGUGGCCCAUGCAACAUAAUAGGGAUCCACGAAUACAACGAUUUCGCUGCUGCACCACAAUUCAUGGGUUGCGGGCGCUCACGCAUGUUGCCGCCCAUUGCAAUCUAGAAUUUGCCUUUUCUGUGAUUUCUUGACUGCUUGCUGCCGUUUGCAACUUCAGUGCUGCAUUGUUGCUGUUGGUACACAUGUACGGUUGUGCACUUGGUGAAAUCCGACCCAAAGUGCAUACUUGGUGCCCUCAACUUGCA